GCUUGGAAGCACAUCUGUUUUACUUUGUUAUUUCAAUUGCAAUUUCGUAAGAUCCGUAAGUUGUUCUGACAUUUCAGACAUAUCAUGAUCAAAGUAAAAAUAGGUUCAGUGAGUUUAUGGAUGCCAAAUCCGCCAAUAAAUCGAUUACCCAAUAGAAUAUUGCGAACAACAUUGGCGAGUUGCAAAAAAUAUCACGUACAAAGAAUAUUUAUCUUCUCAGAAUGGAAUAAGUGCCUGUGUUAAACCGAGAAUUCGACGAAUCCAUCCCCUAGACAUGUAAUAAAACUUAGCCGGAGCGUGGAGGAAUACAAAUUCGAAGUGUUUAAACCAUAUUUGCUCUCAGUUGUCUAUGUCAUCGAUUAUGGCUUUGGUGACAAAGAUGAGACCGUAUUUGUAUGCCGGAAUAAGGCACUGCCACCCUUUCUGUCUUCGACAACUGGGAACAAUUUCAAUCCCUUUCAAUGAGAAGAAGAAUUUCGAAGAAAAGUGCACACCAUUAACAGUGAUUGUUUUGGGAUUUUACGGGGCAUCGGAAACACAACUAAGUAGAUACUCACAUUUAUACAAUGCGCUUGGGCACAAAACCAUCUCUUACACUCUCCCUGAGGGCUUAAUUUUCGAAUAUGAUCAAAAUGUUCAAGCAAAAAUCACUAAGGAACUCUUGGAGAACCUUCAUAGUAAAGAGAACUUUUUCAUUCAUUCCCUUUCGAACAACGGAUUCGCCAUCUAUCAACAUAUUGUGAAAUUGUUAUCCAAAUCUGGCCGAAUUCAAGGAGUCAUCUUGGAUUCUUGCCCAGGUCCAUGGCAUUUCGCAUCGAAUAUUGGCCCGAAGUUCACCCACAGGGCCUUUAAAGAGGAUCAAAACGUGUUUUUUCCCCUGGCUGCUUACAUCUUAUUACACAGAUUGCGAGGUGAUCCUUGGGGUUUUUGUCUAUCCAGUGCAUAUGAUGUCGCUAAGAAGCUAUUUCUAAAUUGGAAGUCGUACUCCAAAGUCCACAAAUCACCUGGACAUUAUAUGAUAAGUGAAAACGAGAACUUCCCAUUACUGUUCCUUUACUCCAAACGAGAUCGACUCAUCCCCUUCAAAUUUAUCGAAGGCCUCGUUGAAAUUCAAAUUUCUCAAUCUAGAGCAAUAUUUCACCAUGAUUUUGACACCUCAGGUCAUGUGGCUCAUUUGAAGACCCAUCCAGAGGAAUACAAACGACAAGUGACUAAUUUCAUAGCGAAAUGUUGCUCUUCAUGACAUGAGAGAUUAAGCAUUUUUCGGAAAUUUGUGGUUAGUGCAACUGAAGAUUAAUGCGGUUGAUUAUUGAAUAAAUAUAGCGCUGAACUUACCGACCGUUAGAUCAGUGUGGAAUAUUAUACAGAAAUGAACAAAUUCGACUUUGAUUACGUUUUAGAGACUUUUGUGGGUGGAAAUGGGCUUUGGCAAUGGAGGCAGUUUUGUUAUUUGUUGCUCCAGAGUGCCGCAAACAGUGUUCCUUUCCUUAUUCAUCUGUUUACGGCAUACACACCUGAUCAUAGGUGUUCAAUUCCAAAUUGCGACCGACUCAACAGUACCUUCAAUGCUCCUUUUCUUAACUUCUCCAUACCAGCCAAUGAUUUAUCGCAAAAUUUCUUGAAAGAGGCCACCGAAUAUUCUCAAUGCCGGAUGUUUCAAGUGAUUGGAAAUUCCUGUGGUGAGGAGUCUUUCAAUCCAACCGAAACCGUGGAAUGCUUGGAUUAUGUUUACGACAAUACAAUGUUUGAGACAACUUUUGUCACUGAACUGGAUCUUGUUUGCGAGGAGGCGGACAAAACCAAGUUCUUGGGAUCCAUUCUAAUGGUCGGUGUCAUGGUUGGGUGUCUUAUUGGAGGACCCCUGAGCGACAAGUUGGGUCGGAAACUGGCCUUGACCUUCGCCUUAGCCGUCAUAGCUCCCAGUGUCAUAGUUGGAGGCUUCAUUCCGAAUUAUUAUGCCUACGCCACAUUUAGGUUCUUGACUGUCGUGAGCGUUAGUGCGAUGUGGAUUGCGGGGCAUGCUAUGGUCUUGGAGCUCUUUGGGAAGAAAGUUCGGAAAUUUGCAUACACCUUGAAUUCUAUUUGGUACUCGUUGUCCAACCUUUUGUUACCUGGGAUCGCCUAUUUCAUUCGGGACUGGCGUUAUAUUCAUCUGGGAUCUGGUCUGAUAUCAUUGAUUGCACUCCCCAUUAUCUACUUUUGCCUUACCGAAUCCCUCCGUUGGAUGGUAUUAAAUGGAAAAGUUGAAGAGGUCAAAGUCAAACUGCGGCAUGUGGGAAAGGUCAAUAAGAGAGCCCUUUCCGAGGAAGACCUGGACGAGAUGGAUUACAUUUUAGAGACCAUGGCAGCCAGAGCAAAGACCAAUGACGAAAGGAGACUCGGUCCUUGGAACAUGUUUGCCAAGAAGUUCCUGUUGCAAACUCUCAUUCUGUUUGGGAUUUGGAUGACAUCGGUUCUGUCUUAUUACGCUCUGACGCUCAACGUAGAGGGCCUGGCGGGCGAUAUGUUUCUGAAUUAUGUCAUUUCAAUGUUAGUGGACCUACCUGCCAACCUGAUAAUCAUGGCAAGUGUCGAUAAGCUCGGCCGAAAAUUCUUAAUCGUCGUGGGAAUGGCCUCCUUGGGUAUUUCAUGCAUAGCCAUGGGCUUUAUGGAUAAGUCAAAUUCCACAGUGAUAAUGGGGUUGUUUCUGGUAGGAAAAGUGACUUCCACAAUGGCCAUGAACACGGUUUGGCUUUACACCGCAGAGUUGUAUCCGACCAAUCUCAGGUCUCAAGCCGUGGCCACGUGCUCAUUUGUGGCUCGCAUUGCCGGAGUUACGGCACCAUUCAUUACCAAACUUGAAAUGAUCUGGCUGCCUUUCCCUAUGGUUGUUUUGGGAAUUCCCGCUAUUUUGUUCGGAGGACUGGCGUUAUUUUUGAAAGAGACCGCGAAAGUUCAUCUGCCAGAAACUGUUGACUCUCCAACUUUAACGAAAGACGAAGAAAUGAGAGUUAAUUUCUCUGAGUCUUCAACUACGAAUUUAUGAUUAUUUCAGCCUUCACUCGUCACUCCUGUUAUAGUGAGAAAGGAAACAAAAUGCAUUUUGUGAGCUUCUAAUGAUUCGAUGUUCAAAUAUGCCCUGUGUUUUGCAAUAAACGUUAUUCUCCACCGAUUA